GCGAAUUCCGUGAACAAUUUUUUACCGUGUGUUUUUUAUUAGAAUACCGGUUGAUGUCGAAACGAGUUUCCAGUGCCAGAGACCAAUGUGUUGUCCAAAGUCCGUAGCGAAAUGUUCUCGAACCGUCGCGGUCGCGAUCACCGUCAACAAUCCGAAUCGAAGAAACCGAAGAAUAGUCUCUCGCGCUCGCACUAGCGCAAUCGAACGAGUGGAACGAGGCGAAAGGGUCGGUGUCGCCCUUGCCCCUCGACGGCCCACCGACGCCGCCACUGGCUACUAUGCGAAUUGCACAUUGCGUCCGAGCCCUAAUUGCGGUGCUUGGUCUAACCGCCGUGGUCAUUCCGGUCGCUUUUUGUAACGACGCCUAUUUCAAUCGAACCGACGACUUUUACGACUUCUUUCGCCACAAAAGGAGCGCCAGGAACAAGCACAAGGCGCUCCACCAGCACGAAGGGGGAGUUAACGCGAUCGAGAACAUCCGUAUGACUAAGAAGCAGCAUCAAAACGUCCACCACCCGCAUCACCAACAACCCGAUUUGCACCAUUGGAACACCGAGUUGCACCACUCAGCGAUCAAUCGCACUGGAGAGUGCUGCCCCACGGUGUUGGAGAAGGUGGAACCCCAAGGUGGCUCCAACCAGGAAGGGCUAUACGUCGAGCUCUACCAAGACUUCAACUACAGACAAAGAUUCUUCGAAUUGUCGUGCCAUCCGAAGUACAUAGACAAACCGUGCGACUUCAUCAAUCAUCGAAAGUACCACUCGAAGUGCGUGCAGAACUACAGCUACACGUACGCGCUGGUUAAGAACACGGAUUCGAAUCGCACGAAGCACUUCCCGUCGUUCCCGAUGUUCCCGGCGCACGAGCACGGCGGCGACACCUACACCCUGGACUACAUCAAAGUGAGGAGCGGUUGCAGCUGCAAGGUGAGGAAGAAGAAGAAGAAACCGACGAGAACGGAGGACAAUAGUUGAUUUCGAUUAGUUGAUGCCAAAGUCUCUGUGUUGAUAUUGUUGUUUGUUUCUGUCUCUAAAAGACUAAGGUUUCCAGGCAUUCCAUUUUUGUAUGAUCUUAGUGAGGAGUUUGAUGGACUUUGUUUUCUAGUCUGACGAGUUACUUUUUUGUAAGAGUGAAUCGACGAGUGGUUGAAUUCACGGGACUGUCGUAGCGCUUUGUAAUGACUGAUUUGAAUUUCUUUUGGAUAUUUUUUCUAGUCGGGAUAGGAUUUGUUUUAAUCCUGUUUCACGACUUUUGUAUUGGAAGUUUGUUCCGCGUUUUUCUCUUCAUUUCGACAAUUUAUGUUGGAAUUAAACGGAGUAAGGUGGAGAUUAUUGGUUGUCGAAGCUUUACUCACUAUAAUUUAGUACUUAACGAGAAAUUUUUUUGAAGAUCUCUAUUCAAUUAACUAGAAUUGUAAUGCGACACUCUCGGUUUUUCUUUCGAGAUAUUCAAUUCAAAAUUAUUAGUACCCGAAAGAAAUAUUGGGAUGUCCAGGUAAGAAAUUUCAUAAAAAUGUCAUUGUAAUUAAGUAAUUAAUAUGUUUGUUUUUUGCCAUUAUCAAACGGUUAAAUUAUUUAUUACAAUGAUUAAGAUAUCUAGUAGUUAAUCAAAAGCAUAAAAAUAUCGUUGUUGUUAUAAAUGUAUGUUCAUAUAGUGAUGUUACAAAACAUAAAUGGAUGUUACUGUAAAACUUUCAAAUAUACUCUGUAGUUGUUAAUUGUAAUUCGUAAGAAUUUGUAAUUCUUGCUAUUUUAACAAUUCGAAAAAACUGAACGUGAUUGUCUAAUCUUAAAUUUUAAAGCCCAGUAAAGUAUUCGAGCAUUUCCUAUUUGUAAGCACAUUACUGUUCUGUAUUAUGGUUACCCGCAAAAGUACUGAUAUGUUGUAUAUAUAUUUUUUAAUUCAUAGUUUUUUGUAUAGACAUUUAAU